AUGCUUAGCCCGCCCUUUUCGGAGGAGAUUGUCCAGUUCUGCCCCGAGCGCUUCGACUUUCCGGGCAGGGUGCAGGAACUUCUUCAUCGAGACCUCGUGCAGGACGCGGGUGAGUCGGUGCCUCUGGGCCAAGUGCAUCUGCGCUUCGAGGGCCACCGCCCCAGGCUCCGGGCGCCCCUGGCGAAGGAUGGCCAGUUCGCAGAGCUGUACCUCCAGUUUUUGCGGGAGGUGGUUCGAGCGAACUUGGGCGAGGAGGCCUUGGUCUUCGAGCGCAGCCCCAACUUGCGGGUGCACUUGGCCGGCGAGAAGUCCUUGACGGCCCCGCACCGGGACAAGGACCACCAGCACUCGGAGGCUGAGAUCAACUGGUGGGUGCCACUCACCUGCUGCCAGGGCGAGGCAAGCCUUUGGGCCGAGUCGGCACCGGGGAAGGGUGACUUCCACUCCUUCGACGUGCAGCCCGGCCAGGCGGUGCGAUUCUACGGGAACCAAUGCCUCCACUUCGCCAAGGACAAUCGCACGGACGCGAGUCGCCUGUCCUUCGACUUCCGCGUGAUCCGGCUUCGGGAUCUGCACUGGUCACAGGUGCCCUUGCCGGGCUCUGAGCGCAAGGCGCGGUGGAUGCUCUUCUCCUACUACGACAUCAUGGGGCCCGAUGGGAGCAUCCUGCGGGCAGACGCCUGGCCCAGCAUGCUGCCGCUGCCCCUGGGAACGCAGCCGCCUUUACUGGGGGAGGCGCAGCUCGUCCAGUCCCCGGCCACGCGGUCGCCCUCCCCGGAGCACCAGCGCCGGUGCCUGGAGCGCUUCGGCUCGCUGCGGGAGGCGCGCAAGGCCUGCGCCCGCUGCGGGUACAUGGCCAGCCGCGCCAGUUUGCGGCGGCUCUGCUUCCUGGACGCCGGCGGCCAGCAGCGGCCCUGGCUGGCGGAGUCGUCGGCCGAAGCGGCGCCCUGGGGCCUGGGCUGCCGCCUCUGCGCCGCGGCGGCGGAGGCGCACGAAGCGGAGGCGGAGGAGAGAGUCGAGUGGAAGGUGGGGAUGCCGGGGCUCCUGCAGCAGCCCCUGGUGCGGCAUGGCAACCACGCGCUGCGCCAGUUUCAGGGGGUGGGGGUGCCGAAGAUCGUGGAGGAAGACGCGGAGCCGCCCGGCGCCACGAAGCGACGUUUUGAGAAGCUGGUGUUGAAAGGUCAGGCGUUGACCUACGACGCGGCGACCUUCAAGAGGCUGGGGUACCUCUCCCUGGACAGCAACGAGCGCUCCCAGUUCCAGGCGCGGGAGUUGAAGAGCGUCUAUGUGGAUGUCACCGCGCAAUUCGUCAAGAUCCUGUUUCACAAGUGCCAUGUCAACCGCUACAACAUCGUCAACCAGGUGGGCCUCAUAGCGCUGAACUGCCUGGGGGAAGCUCUUGGGCCGGACCUGGCGAACGGCCCACCAGCGCCCAACCCCGCCCUCGCGCCGCCGGAAGGCUACCAGCCGCCAGCGGCGCUGGCGCAGGAGCGGGUGGACUCCGCGCAGGCCACGGCGGAUGAGAUGCGCUACGACCCUCAGACCUUGGAACGGAUUCGCGCCCUCUCGGCGGCCAAGGCACGGGCUGUAGAGGCAGAGGACUACGAGGAGGCCAAACGCCUGAAAGAGGUGCUUGCCAGGCUGCGUCAGACCGGCCUUCUUCUCCGGGAACUGGAGGACCGCAAGCGGGCGGCGGUGCAGAACGAGGACUACGACGCCGCGAAGGCCUUGAAGAGCGAGAUCGACCGCCUGCGUAGCGCCAUCGACCGACCGGAGCGAGCGGAGCGACCGGAGCGGGAGACACGGCCCCGCUCGGGCAGGAGCGGCAGCACGGCCGGCCGCCAGGGCGCUGGCAGUCCAGACUGGGGACCCCCACGAGGAGGGCACCAGCCACAGAUGGCACCGGAGGAGGCGCCCCCCUCCCGCGGCAAGCGCUCGCCCUCGCCCGGGCUGCCACCGGCCUUCGCAGCGCCGGCGCCGUACCAGGCGCCCUCCAGCGCCGAGGACCACCCGCGCCGGGACCUGGCGGGCUCCCCCCCGCUGCCGGCCCACGCCAACGGCGGACUCGGCGGACUCGGCGGACUCGGCGGCGGCGUGCCGCGGGUGCCGCGGACGCCGCCGCUGGGCGGGGUGGCGCCGGCACCGGCGCCGCCGUUCCGCGAGGAAAAGGAGGAGAAGGAGGCGCCCGAGCCAGAGAGGGGCUUCGAUGCUGCAAACCACCCCCUGGCGGGUGUGCCCAACGUGGAGGAUUUGAGUCAGCCGGAGCAGUUGCAUGCCAGCGUCCAGAAGGAGGCAGAGGUCUUGGUGGAGCUUUUCGGGGAGUACCUGGCGCGCUGCGUAUUCUCCAAGGACCGUAGGUGUUUGGUUAGUGUUUGGUCCGUGGGCGUCAUGUCGGAGAACUUGGGCUACAUCCUCGAGGAGGAGAUCCCCGCGGAGCUUCAGCCCUUCAAGGACCGGCUCUCUCCGGCGUUUCGGGAAAUCCGGCAGCGCAUCGUCGCGUUCAUCAAGGAGGACAUCAUGCCGGCCAUGCCCAUCUAUUCCCAGCAAUGGAAAGCAGAAGUGGACAAAGUAAAGCUGCGCACGCCAGCUUCGCCACAUGAGGAUCCGGAAUACGCACAGCACGCAGUGUGGGCGGCGUCUCCGCCAAUUGUAGCUGAAUUACGAGAGAAGGCCAAAGCGAGGGGUCUGUACAACUUCUUCUUGCCAGAGGUGGGCAAGCUCAGUGUCCUGGAGUACGCGCCCAUCUGCGAGAUUUUGGGGGCCUUCGGCUUGUGUAACGUCGCCAUGAACUGUAUGGCGCCGGACACUGGCAACAUGGAGGUGCUGGAGCGCUAUGGCACUCCAGAGCAGAAGAAACAGUGGCUGGAGCCCCUCUUGGAGGGGAAGAUUCGGAGCGCUUACGCGAUGACCGAGCCAGGGGUGGCCAGCAGCGAUGCCACGAACAUCAGCGCGACCAUCACCCGAGAGGGCGAGGAGUAUGUGAUCAACGGGCACAAGUGGUACAUCAGCGGUGCCUGCCGGCCCGAGUGCAAGGUCUUCGUCUUCUUGGGGAAGUCGGUGGUCGAGGGAGGCAGCAAGCACCAGCAGCACUCCAUGAUUUUGGUGCCGCGGGAUGCGCCCGGCGUGCACAUCGUUCGCCCGCUGGCAGUCUUCGGUCACAUCCAUGACCAUGCAGAGAUCGUCUUUGAGAAUGUGCGGGUUCCGCUGGGCAACAUGCUGUUGGGCGAGGGCCGGGGCUUUGAGAUCGCCCAAGGGCGCUUGGGCCCGGGGCGCAUCCACCACUGCAUGCGCACCAUCGGCGCCGCAGAGCAAGCCCUGGGGGCCAUCAUCUACCGCGUGGGCCGGCGCGUGGCCUUUGGGCGGCUGCUGGCGGAGCAGGCCACCAUCCGACAAACCAUCGCGGAGGCGCGCAUGGAGAUCACCAAGAGCCGGUUGCUCUGCUACUUGGCGGCCGUCCAGGCGGAUGACCACGGCUUCAAAGCGGCCAGGGCCUUUGUUGCCAUGACCAAGGUGGACGCACCUCGGAUGUGCCAAAAGAUCAUCGACGAGGCCAUUCAGAUCCACGGAGCGCAUGGGGUGAGCCAGGAUUCCCACCUCACCGAUAUGUACCACCACGUGCGCCAUGUUCGCCUGGCCGACGGUCCGGACAUUGUGCACCUCAACACCAUCGCGCGGGAGGAGCUAAAGCGCCAGUCCGCAGUCAUGGGCAUGAUGGUCAGCGGUGAGAACAAGAAUGUGGAAAGGUUCGGCAAGUUCGCCCACGUCCCAUCCAAGGCGCGGCUUUGA